AACCAUGACACGCAAGACUCGAAAGGAUGUUCUAAUGAGGACAUCAAGUACAGUGCUGUGAGAUCUUUGAAAGUGUUUCUUUCCCCUGACUGACCUUGAAGAUGGGAAUCAGGGACCGUAUGCAUGAUUUCCAGAAUCCCGAUGACGAUAAACAACACACAAAGAGCUUUUCUCAGGACACCUUUCAAGUGGACACCACGUACGGCGUUCAGGCAGUGGACUUCAUCCUUCUAAGACAUGUGUCUGGAAUGGAAGAAGACAUCAGCCAAAGUUCGAGCGAUGCUCCCACCUGUUCACUUGCGAGUAUCACAUUGGCCGACGCGCCAAUAGCGAGGCCAAGCAACAAUUCGUUAUCAACAACCGGCACAACUCACCCCGAGGUGCUCUUACCGAGCGGUAACUUAGUGACCACAUAUGUUGCCUUCGUGCUUGAGAUAAUGCAUCGAUCAAAUGCAGUCACACAUAAUCACGGUAAACACCAUACCGUUGGCAUAACCAGUAAGGCUUCCGGCCGACGGCCCAGCUCCCCCUGGACAAGAGGCCGUCGCAAGGAUCCUACUGUCCACAAAUUACCCAAGCAACACUCUCUCAGCUAA